UGCACGACUGGGCCCGUUGCAAGCAUUGGCGCACCGCCUAUGACCAAUCCGCCGUCGGCGCCCGUGGGCAGAUCGGCGAAUCUCCAAUCCUGAGACUCGCGAAGGCUAUUUUGUGUUUCCGCUGGGCCGAUCCGCAGCCGCUCCGCCGGAUCCGGAGCUCUUCUCCGGAUUGAGGAUCUGGAUCCUUGAGGCAACUUCUGUCACAGAGUGAAUGCUUAAAUGCAAGCUCUGAAUCUGGGAUCACAAUAGGAAGGGGCUUGGAAUUGGAUAGCGGAGAAUGGCGUGGUUUGGGAAUGUGUCUUUAGGCGGCUUCCCGGAUUUGGCUGGGGCCGUGUCGAAACUGAGUGAAAGCGUGAAGAACAUCGAGAAGAAUUUUGAUAGUGCUCUCGGAUUGGAGGAGAAACAUGAUGCCAGCGACGAUGGUCCUGGAAAAUGGACAUCAACAUCUGGUAGGCAAGGCCUUUUUGAACCUAUGAUGUCCUUCAUGGGGCAAAAAGAAGAGGAAAGUGCUUCUGAACAAACAGUACUUGCUGAAUUUUCACAACACCCUUUAACAGCUGAAGAACAUGAAAUGGCCUCAAGUGUUCCAUCAUCUUUACCCAUCAGUAAACCGACUAUUUCUGACAAGGGACAUGAAGAUUCUAUAACUAAAGAUACUGACAUCAUUUCUGCUAAUGCCACCACAAUGAUUGAAGAACCUCAAAGCCUUGACAUGAACAAAGGUGUUGAGCCAAAUGAUUUGGAAGUUGGAACGGGGACUUCAUUGUCUAGAAGCAAGGAAGAAGAAGAUUCAUCAUCUAUUUUCCAACAGAAAACAGAUGGUGACAUCCAAGCUAGUGAUAACUCAAGACCAGAAGAUCCUUCACAACCAAUUACUGACUGUGUAGAAUUAACUGUCAACAAUGUACUAAAAAAACCUGAAGAGGCACAUCAUGUACUAGAUUCACAGGGAACUGAUGUCAUACAGGAGACUAAGGCUGAGCAGCCUCUAGAUAAAGAGUCUUCUGAACAUUCUGAAGUACUUUUUGCCCCAGAAAACCUUGGCAAAGAAACUUCAGUUGCACUUCCUGUUAGUGCAGAGAAGUAUGAUCAUGCCAAUGAACCAUCAUAUAACAAUGUUCUAGUUGCAAUCCAUACUGAGCAGGAUCAUGAAAUGCCAUCUGACUCAGUAACUCAUGAUACCAAUGCAUCUCCCAAGUCAUUAAAAAACUCCAGGGAAACAGAUGAUGAACAUGAAAGUGCCAAGCCUUCAUUUAUUUCAUCAGAUAAUGCUUUAAGUUCAGUGGAUCAGCCAGGGGAAAUAGAGAAGGUAAAACAGGAAAUGCGAAUGAUGGAAUCUGCAUUAAAAGGUGCCGCUAGGCAAGCCCAGGCUAAAGCUGAUGAAAUUGCUAAACUGAUGAAUGAGAAUGAACAGUUGAAAUCUGUUAUUGAGGAUCUAAAGAGGAAAUCGAAAGAAGAUGAAAUAGAUGCAUUACGAGAUGAAUAUCAUCAAAAGGUGUCAUCUCUUGAAAGAAAGGUUUAUGCACUUACCAGAGAAAGGGAUACAUUAAGGAGAGAACAAAGCAAAAAAAAUGAUGCUGCUGCUCUUUUGAAGGAGAAAGAUGAGAUAAUUAGUCAAGUUAUGGCUGAAGGUGAAGAGCUGUCAAAAAAACAGGCUGCUCAAGAAGCAACUAUAAGGAAACUAAGGGCGCAGAUUCGGGAGCUUGAAGAAGAAAAACAAAGACUCAAUUCAAAGCUCCAGGUUGAGGAGACAAAAGUAGAAAGUAUGAAGAGAGAUAAGGCAGCUACUGAGAAGUUGCUGCAGGAAACAAUAGAAAGAAAUCAAGCAGAACUUGCUGCUCAGAAGGAAUUUUAUACAAAUGCACUUAAUGCAGCCAAAGAAGCUGAAGCCUUAGCAGAGGAACGAGCUAACAGUGAGGCCAAGGUCGAACUUGAAAAUCGCCUGAAGGAAGCAAGUGAGCGUGAAGCUAUGUUGAUUCAAACGCUUGAGGAGUUGAGGCAGAGUCUGACUAGAACAGAGCAGCAGGCAGCAUUUAAAGAAGAAAUGCUGAGAAGGGAUAUGGAUGAUCUUCAAAAACGCUACCAUGAUAGUGAACUCCGCUACACUGAAAUGAUCACUCAAGUUCCUGAGUCAACUCGGCCACUUCUAAGACAGAUUGAAGCUAUGCAGGAGACAGCUGCUAGAAGAGCUGAAGCCUGGGCUGGUGUGGAAAAAGCUCUAAACUCUCGCUUGCAGGAGGCAGAAGCCAAAGCUGCCGCCGCAGAAGAAAAGGAACGAACCCUAAAUGAACGUUUAUCUCAAAACUUAUCUCGGAUUACUGUUCUUGAGACUCAGAUUGCUUGUAUCAGAACAGAGCAGACACAACUGAGUAAGUCACUUGAAAAGGAAAGGCAAAGGGCAUCGGAAAGCAGACAAGAAUAUCUAGCAGCAAUGGAAGAAGCUGCUACACAAGAGGGUCGUGCCAAGCAAUUUGAAGAAGAACUCAAGGAGAUUAGAAGUAAACACAAAAGAGAGUUACAAGAUGAGGUGGUUCACAGAGAACUUCUGGAAAAGGAGCUUGAAAGGGUAGGAGCUGCCAAAGAUGAACUGGAAAAAACUGUUUCUCGUGAAGCUACUGCAAUUGCAAAUCAAAAUACAACCAAAAACUUAUCGUUUAGGAACCUUUCAAGUGCUGGGAGUUCUGGUAGCAUGGAAGAAAGCUUUUUCUUGCAAGCAUCCUUGGACUCAUCAGAUAACCCUUUUUCAGAGAGGAGACAAUCUGGGGAAGCACCAGUUUCUCCAUAUUUUCUGAAGAGCAUGACACAAAGUGCAUAUGAAGCAUCAUUGCGUCAUAAGGAUGGUGAAGUUGCAUCAUAUAUUUCACGCUUGGCUUCGUUGGAAGCUAUUCGUGAUUCUCUUGCUGAAGAACUAGUCAAAAUGACAGAGCAGUGUGAAAAACUGAGAGCAGAAGCAGCAACUUUGCCUGGGUUAAGAGCAGAGUUAGAAGCCCUGCGGCGAAGGCACUCAGCGGCACUAGAACUUAUGGGUGAACGUGAUGAAGAGUUGGAGGAACUCCGCGCUGAUAUCAUCGACCUGAAGGAGAUGUACCGAGAGCAAGUGGAUUUGCUCGUGGACAGGCUUCAGACAGUAAAGGCUCAGGGGCCAUGAUCUGUUUAGUAAUGCCGAAUUUUCCCUGCCUUUACCACUGUAAUCAAGUUUUGCUGUAGCGUGGAAAUUCAGAAUGGAAUGUGAAGUUGAAUUGCCAGAUCGAUUCAUAAUUCUUAUUGUUAGAGAUAUGCUUUUUGCUGUAUAGGUGUUUAUAGCAAAGGAACACAAAACAGUAUUGUUUCCUUGUAGAUCUUUUAUUACGCUGGAGCUUUGCCAUUGAUCAAAUUAAUGUGUUGAUUCCGAAAUAACUAUGCAAA